UGCUCCUGCUUCUUUGAUGCCUGGUUUAUGCGCCAAGGCUGCAGUUUCAUACAAGGCUAAGAAAAACUUGUGGAAGCCCAAAGAGGAAGAAGACAACAACACCGAAGAAGAAGAUGAUGAUGCACCUGUUUUUCUACCUUACGAUAUAAGGCUAAAGGAGCCUCAUGCAGCAGUUUCGGGGAUACUAGGUAGCAGCUUGGCAGCUUGGGUUACAGGCGGAGGCAAGAAGCGGAGUCCGAUGAGCGCAGAUGUGUUUGGUUCUGCUUGUUGUACGUUCCAGAAAGGGCGGUUUAGUAAGCUGUAUGGUGACCUAACACGAGUAGAUGCUCGCGUGGACGUGUCCUCAGCUUCUGCUCUUGCUAAAAGAAUCUUUGACGCAGUUAGAAGAUCUUCAGGUAGUGACAAAACAGAUGACACAUUGGGUUCUCCCAGACUCAGCCUGAUAUUCCAGCAACAGGUUGCAGGUCCAAUCGUUUUCAAAGUAGACUCGCAGUUUCAGCUAGGGAAGUAUGGUGCAGAAAUUGAGGAUCUUAUUUACAGUUUGAACUACUCGUUGAGGCUUCUUGAGUCUGGAAAAGUUGUGGCUUGGUAUUCUCCAAAGAGAAAAGAAGGCAUGGUCGAGCUUCGAGUUUUUGAGUUUUAGAUCUUUCUUUAGUUUUGUACCAUUUGAAAAUCUGUAUCGGAAGAUGCUACACUUGGUAAAGUCUUUUUGGUUUAAAUCUAGUUGAAGAUCUUAUGCUUCU